AUGAAUUUCAUAAAAUCCGUAUCGAAGGAGCAAAACGAAGUGGGCCUCACCACCUUAUAAAUAACCUCCAAUAAUAAUAAUCCCUUCCAGCGUGCGGGUCUUCUUCUCCGCUUGGGUUUCUUCGCUUCCCCGACUUGGCUUGGUGCCUUCUGCUCCCAUUUCUCCCUUCUCACUCAUCUCUUCUUCUCUGCACCCUUUUUGACUCUUCAAUCUUGCUGCUGCUUCUUCUUCUUCUUCUUCUUCUUCUUCUUCUCCCUUUGUUCUUCCGUCACCAUUUCAUCAUCUUAAAGAUUUGAUCUUUGCGGUAAAAGAUUUGAUUACCGCCGAAAGAUCAUACUUUUAUGACGAAAGCUCCGGGUUCGGGGAUGCCGAGGUACGCGAGGCAGGCCAGGAUUAGCGGGGAGGCGGCGGUUGCGGACGCCGCCCACCAGCAGUCAUCCUUUGGGGUUCACACCAGGGCCAAAACCCUGGCACUCAAGCGCCUCCAGGAGUCCUCGCCGGCGGAAGCCUACUCCUACCUCCAGCUCCGGAACCGCCGCCUCCAAAAGCACCUCCCCGCCCCCUCCUCCGUUCGGUCUAGGUCCGCUGCCAAGUACACGCUGAGCGCUAACCCUAAUUCCGGCCGUACCCCCAAGUUCAACAGCAAUCCGCCAGCAGGAAUGGGGGAGAGUCGAGUGAAUUCGGACUCCGCGGGGUCGGUGUCCAUGAGGAAUCGCUGCUUAAAGAAGGCAAAGGCGUCGUCAGAGGCGGCGGUGGCUGUUCGGGAAGCCUCAUCUAAGGAUGAUGCUGGUUCGGAAGCUUCCUUUGGGGAAAAUGUUCUUGAGCUCGAGGCAAGCAGGAGUGCGAGAGAGUCCACACCUUGCAGUUUGACAAGGAAUUCGGACACCAUUGGCUCGCCUGGUUCAACAACUCGGCCUACUAAGUUCACUGUCAGCAGUAAGAGGCAGGCAUCGCCCAUCGUCCCAACUGACCCUGAAAUGGAAGAGCUUUUUGCAGGCCCCGAACAACUCCAACAAAGUAGAUUUAUAGAAAGGUACAACUUCGAUGUGGCGAAAGAUCAACCCCUUCCUGGGCGCUAUGAAUGGGUGAAAUUGGACUCUUAGAUGCUUUGCCAUUAACCUCUCCGCCUCUGGCCGAGAUACAUUUGAACGAGGGCUGCCUGCUUCGGAACGGUGGCAUCACUAACCCUUCCUUUCUCCAGAAAGGAUGCUCGCACCAAAGAUUAGUGUUUCUCCAGAAAAGGACAAGAACCCUUGAAGUGGGAGUGGGAGCCCCAUCCAAUAAUAUAACAUCAUAACAAGUGUCAUUACCCCUGUUUGUAUCUUGUGUAUACGAGUGGUGGUGAAAUUGAGAUGUCUUUGUGAGGAAGCAUGACCUGUUUGUAUCUUGGAGACAGAUCAGUUCUGCUGCUGAUAUUGGGCUUCUUUGCCAAUGCCUCCUUGGAAGCUAUCCUCUCUUUUUCUGGGUCAUAAGUUGCAACUAUUGCUGUCGAAAUCUACCUUGUGCUUUUCUAUCA